UAUGGUAACUUUGGCAUUAUGUCUCUCCUCAACACCAACGACUUGCACCAGAUUUUUGAGAAUCUUGACAAGAAUGGAGAUGGCCUUGUGAGCCUGGAGGAGCUCAAUUGGCUUCUUGAGAAAACGGGCGUCAAAUUCAGCCUUGGCGAGCUCGAAUCCGUAGCGGGAAAAUCAAGGUUCGACUUUAAUGAGUUCUUGUUCUUCUGUGAUUCCAUAUCAAAGCAGAACAAUGGCGGCGAUGAAGAUGAGAAUGAAGAGAACGACCUUGUUAAUGCAUUCAAGGUGUUUGAUUUGAAUGGCGAUGGCUUCAUUUCUUGCGAGGAGCUUCAGAAUGUGCUGUCAAGGCUGGAGCUUUGGGAUACCAGCAGCGGCCGGGAUUGUAGAGCUAUGAUUGGCGUCUAUGACACCAACUUGGACGGCCAACUUGAUUUCGAGGAGUUCAAGAACAUGAUGUUUCUUAGUACUAUUUCUUGA